AUGUGGCCACCAUUCUGGCCCCACUCCCUUCCCUCCGCAGGAAUGUCCACUUACGCUUCCUCGGACGGCGCCGCCCCUUCCACCACCCCCUCCUCCUCCAUCUUCACCUCUCUCGCCCUUCCCUUCGCCGUCGCCGUCGCCCUCGGCUUGCUCGUCCUCCUCUCCGCCUUCCUCCUCGCCUCCUACGUCUGCUGCCGCGGCCAACCCCAGAGCACUGCCCUCGACCCUAGCGCCGUUCCCGCCGAUGGAAUCGUGGCCCCCCCUCGUAUAAUCUUCGUCCCCGAGGAUGACGAUGGGGACGGCAGCGAGGGCGGGGGCGGCGGUCAAGCCUCGGGACUCGACCAGACUGCCAUCAGCUCGUACCCUAAGUUUCCGUUCUCGGCAGCCAAGGGCGGGGAUACCGUCUGCUCGAUCUGCCUUUGCGAGUACCGGAAAGGGGAGAUGCUCCGAAUGAUGCCCGAUUGCCGCCACCACUUUCACCUCCUCUGUAUCGAUGUCUGGCUCCGGCUCAAUGCAUCCUGCCCGGUCUGCCGGACUUCGCCGUUGCCUACACCGGUGUCUACUCCAACCUCGACCCCACUGUCGGAGCUCGUCCCGCUCUCCCAGUUUGCAGCGGAUCGCAGGCGGAGGGCAUGAGCCUUGCAAAUUAAUCAGGUCCAUUGAUCUUUGCUUGCUCCCACCAUCUAUUAUUUCCAGAGAUGUAGGGCUCCAAAAUCACCUCUGAUGAGAUCCAUAUCAUAUAGACUGGACUUCAAAAUCUUCAAUAUUUAUCGGCUUAUUAGCUAUUAACUCUUUUUUUUGGAGGUUAAUGGCUAUUUGAUGUUUACAUAUUUGUCGUCUCAUUAGCUAUUUCCUUUUUCAAUAGUUC